GCCUUAGCUCACAGUAACGGGAUGUCGAAGACCUCUAAGGUGGUCCUGGGACUUUCUGUGGUUCUGACUCUGAGCACCGUGGCCGGCGUGCACCUGAACCAGACCUGGGACCGAGAGCGUCUCCACCAGGGCGUGGUCAGAGACCUGGAGCGUCUGGAGAGGAAGAAGGAGAACCUGCGUCUGCUGGAGGAGCAGAGGACUCUGACCGAGCAGCUGGAGGAGGAGAGACAACGCAGAGAGGCCGAGCUCCGCCCACAGGACCACUGAG